CCCAGGAUGCCCGGGGAGGCGGGGACCUCCGGUAUCCCAGCAAACGGCGGGCGGAGAGCCCUCCAGUAUCCCGGCAGCCUCAGCUCACGGCACACGGGGGGACUACAUUUCCCAGCAGGCCGCGGUGUUCUCGGGCCCUCAGUUCUCGCGGGGUUUACCCCCCUCCCCCUCCGCUUGACUCCCGGAGCCGGAGCCGCCGCCAUGUCGCUGGUGGCUUACGGCAGCAGCAGCGGGAGUGAAGGAGGAGAGAGUGAGGGGGAGGGCGAGAGUGCGAGCGGCGAGACACCAGCCCGGAGGAGGCCGCAACAAGCCGGAGCCUUGGCCCUGAGCCUGGCCGGGGCCCGCGGCAAGAAGAGGAGCGGCGGAAACGAACCGGUCCAGAUCCGAGUGCCCGAGCUCCAGUCGGACUCUGACGAUGAGGAACCCGUUCAGAAGAGGACAAGCCAGAGUGCAGGCUCUGGUACCGGCCUGUCUGCCCUGCUUCCACAGCCCAGGAACCUGACUCUGAAGGAGACCAACCGUCCGCUGCUGCCCUACUCCUUCACCAAGAAGACGGCCGGGAGAGGGUCCGGCCAGCCCAGAGCGGCCCAGCGAGCCACCGUCACGACCACCCCCUCGCCGUCGGCCAUCAAGGCCGCCUCCAAGAACGCCGCCAAGCAGCUGGCCAAGCACAUCAUGAAUGAAGAGGCCCCGGGCGAGGAGGUCAGCUUCUUCUCCCUCUCCGACCCGGAGCAGCCGCCGCCGCCCGGCGCCAGGACUCCCGCCUUCGCCGGGGAGAGCCCGCUGCCCGCCCUCCCCCAGGUGCCCGCCCCGGCCCCCGGCCUCCCCGGCGAGGGGGGCGAGGCCCCCCCGGACCCCCUGAACCCCGCCGACGCCCCCCUGGAGUUCAACAGGAGCGCCCCCUCGGCCAGCGACGGCGGCUUCCCAGCGGCCAGCGGCUCCCCCACCAACCCCGGGCCCGAGUUCGGCAAUCAGUACGUGGACUACAACGCACAGGGGACGGAGCAGAGCGAGUAUUACCAGGAUUAUUACAGUAGUUACUACCAGGAGCCAGACCCUGCCCUCGCACCAGCACCGGAAGAGGAAUUGAACACUUUCAUGAAUGACGAGGCAUUCAAAAGGCUCCAAGGGAAAAGAAAUCACAGCAAGGAAGAAGUCAGUUUUGUCGAGAUCAAAGGAGAUGACCAGCUGAGUGGGUCACAGCAGUGGCUCAUGAAAUCCUUGUCUGAGGAGAAAGACAUGAAAUCGUUCAGUAAGAAACGAGGUGAACAGCCGACAAGCCAACAGAGGCGCAAGCAUCAGAUUACCUACCUGAUCCACCAGGCCAAAGAGCGGGAGCUGGAGUUGAAGAACGCGUGGUCCGAUAACCGCCUGACCAAACGCCAGACCCAGGCGAAAUAUGGCUUCUGAGGCACAGAGACAUCGGCCAGCGCCCUGUGGUGUUGGGGGACCGGAGAGUCGGCGGCGGUGGU